AUGGUUAACACUCGGAAUACGGACACGCGGCUGGAGGGAUUAGAGAAGGUCACCGGAGAUCUGGAGAAAAAGACCGAGACAUUGACUGCCAUGGUAGAUGAACUCAAUCUCCAGUGUUCCAAAACGGGUGAGCAAGUUACAACGAUUGGAGCUCAACUCGAGACUUUUAUGGCGGAGGUCCGAACCGCCCUCGCCACGGGAUCUUCUUCCAAAUCAACAGAUCCUCCUACGGAUGGUGACUCCACCAGCAGCACGACAGCAACAGGGGACAACUCGAACCUAUCCAUGCCUACAUUUGAUGGAACUGAUACUUUAGCGUGGCUCGCGCGCGCGGAGCAAUAUUUCUUGGUGUCCAAAACCUCCCCGGAGAAGCGACUGGACAUUGCAAUGGUGGCUUUGGCUGGGCCAGCCUUGCCUUGGUUCCUACUUCUGCGACGCCGUCUUCCGGCGCUCAAUUGGGAACAAUUCAAACGAGAGAUAAUGAAGCGUUUCGGUGAUAAAAUGGCUCUAGAUGGCUACGAGGCUUUCGCCUCUACCCGACAGGAAGGUUCUCUAGUCGAGUUUGUAGCAGCUUUCGAGGCUCGUCUUGCCCAAAUACCGGACCUAGCAGAUCACCAAUAUCUGGGGUUCUUCUUGGCAGCCCUUCGCCCAGAGAUUCGGAUGCACCUGAAGGCAGCGCAACUUACUUCUUACUCGGAUGCAGUGCAAAUGGCUUUACAACUGGACCAACUCUCUGGUACUCAUCAGGUGAGUAAACCUCUUUCAACCGCGGUUCUGCCGCCACAGGGUAUAUCUCGCCCGAGCCCAAAAGGUUUCUCCCCGACGCCGACGUCGUUUUCCUCUUCGGGUUCUAACCGCCCCAACCGUUUCCGGAAUAUAUCCUCCGAGGAGUACAAAAAGCACAUCGCCGCGGGCACCUGCUUCAAAUGCGGCCUCAAAUUUGGCCCCACUCAUCGCUGCCCCCCGAAGACUCUCAACGUUCUUGUCAUCGACGACGAUGAUCCUAUUUAUGACGCUGUGGAGUCCGAGAACCAGAUGGAUAACGGGACCGAACUGGAGCUCCAGCUUUCGGAACUAUCUUGUAACGGCUUGGAUACCUCCCGCACUAUGAAGCUGUUCGGCGACAUCGACUCCAAUAAGAUCCUAGUCAUGGUCGACAGCGGGGCGAGUCACUGUUUCAUCUCAGAUCAGCUGGUCAGACGUCUGCAACUCCCGACCACGCCCACGGAACCCUACUCGGUCACGCUGGGAAACGGCUCGUCGGUCAGCGCUUCUGGCAUCUGCCACGCCGUGCCUCUUCGGUUGGCAUCUGAAAACUUUUCCUUGGCCUGUUACGUAUUUCCUUUAAGAAAUAUUGAUAUUAUUUUGGGAGUCUCUUGGUUGGAAACACUGGGCUACGUGGUCGCAAAUUGGAAACGAUCAACUAUGCAGUUUCGUGUCGGCGAUCGGUGGGUGCUGAUGGAGGGCGAUCCGUCCCUUACUCGUCGGGCGUGCUCUUCCUCUGACAUUAAUAGGCUAGAGGAUGGCGACUCGUGUUGGGUCCUGCGCUCCUUAGAAGCCCCAAGCCUCACGACAGAAUUCGGGUUAGAACCUUCAUUAUCACUGCCCGAGCGUGAUCAGCUGCGAUCACUGGUCGACGAGUUCCCGCGUGCCACCCGCCCUUCGUCGGCACUGCCACCUCAUCGCCACACCGACCACCAGAUACCGCUGAAACCAGGCUCACAGCCAGUCUCCGUGCGGCCUUACCGUUACAAUCACACUCAGAAAGAUGAAAUGGAGCGUUUGGUUGCGGAAAUGCUCGACUCGGGGGUUAUACAACCAAGCACCAGCCCGUACUCCAGCCCGGUGUUGCUAGUGAAAAAGAAGGAUGGGUCGUGGAGAUUCUGUGUCGAUUACAGGGAAUUAAAUAAGCGCACGGUGCCAGAUAAAUACCCGAUCCCAAUUAUCCAAGAACUCCUUGACGAGCUACAUGGAUCCUGCUGGUUUAGCAAGCUCGAUCUGAAGGCCGGGUACCAUCAGAUCCGGGUGGCCGCCCCUGAUGUGCACAAGACCGCUUUCCGUACGCACUCAGGCCACUAUGAAUUCCUCGUAAUGCCAUUACGCCCAUUUCAUCGCCCUUCGCCACCCAUUCUCGGCCAAGCAAGUCGCUGA